GAUCUCAUUCGUCCUCGUUCGAAUGCGGAGAAGUGUCAAUUCAUCCUGCCAAGGCAAAAUUGGCCGUCAAUUCGAGUCACACACACACACAGGCGCACACGCAUGCGGCGGAGAAGUUAUGGCCGGACGGCCUGCAGCUCUGGGCGUCGACGAAAACCCGUACCUCGGAAAUCAUGAAGGACAUUGUGAUCUUAAUGAUUUGCAGGCGGAGCUGCUUUCGGGCGUCCCUCGCUUUUGAGAGCGGUGGAUGCCCGAGGCAUGAAAGAAAGGUCCGGAGGCCAAACCUUGGCAUCAUGAGAUUUGGUGAUGGUCUUCGCUCGGUGCGCCAGAGGAGUGAUGAACGCUGCGUACUGCAUGAGCGAGCGAGCGAGCGAGCGGGCAGGCCGUUAGCAACAACGGGAGGAAUGCAUGCUUCACAGACCUUGCGGUCUGAAUCUCGGGCUGAGGUGUACGCAUCGUAGAAAGUACCUUGAGCGUCGUUUGAUCGUCGAGAGUACUUUUGAGGGGAAUGCCAUCUCCAUUCGCAAUCAGCACGCCGACGAUUCCUGCGAUACAAUCACCGAGCAUCAGCAUGAGUCCGAGUGAGGCGACGGCCUUCAUGCCCAAGAUACUGACUGUACUUGCAAGUAGCAAGAACUGGGCCCACAAUCCAUGUUCUAGUCCUGAAUGUGGUGGGUCGGAUGUAUGCAAAGUGAACAGAAUCCGACUUAAAGACUGAUGUGUGGGAGCUCCUGACGCCCGGCCCUCCGUGCUGGCUCCGUAGAGACAGCAUUUCUUGGAGUUCGGAGAAUGGGCCAGAGCGGGCGGACAGUCAGAGGGUAUGAGUGAGGCAAUCAGUCUCUUUGGAGAUAUUCCACAGUACACACGGGAUUCAGUUAAAUGCUACUCGUUGGCGGAGCAACCUCUGUGUGAUCCGAUCCGUUUGAUGGUUUCCUCCACCUCCGACUGCAAUCACAUACAAACGCGCAGAAAUCAUGGGUUCCAGACCUAGAGUGGGUUCCUGUGCGCAUCAGUCUUAAGGAACAAAACACAAUCCGUACUUCUUGGAGUCCCAAUUCCCAUGAGCUGGAGGGGAGGGUUGUAGAUGUCAAUGAAACCCAAAACUCCAGUCGAGUGCAUGGCGAAGCGUCAAUUAUAUCUUACAAGGCUGUUUCUCUGCACUCUGUCCCUAUCCCGUUGUGACUCUCGGCGAGGCAGGGGCUUCGGUGGCUUCGGCGCUGGUGCUGCAGGGGUUCCAUCUGGAGCAGCAGGAGGUGCAUCAGCCAUGGGUUCUCCCUCAAUAGAGUUCUGCAGCACCUUGUCCCCGAAAGCAGGAAAAGGGCGAUGCCUCCUCUACCAGAAAACGUGUUGCCUCACUGCACACCAGGUGCGGUCUGCACGCUCGGCAAGAAUCCCUCCACUUCUGAAUACGUUCGAUCGCAAACUCUUGACACCUUUGCAAACUGUACAAGUCCACAGCACCCGGCAAGAAGGUCGCUCUCGGAGCUUUGGAGUUCCUCAAAAUUGCACCACCUUCACCCGUUGCUGCCCCUCGAUGUCCACCGUUGCACAUCACUUUUGUCGGACAGGCGUGCCCUGCGAUGAAUCGGAGAUCCAUCUUGAAGCCUGGUUGCUAACGAAAAAGAGCUUUCACACUAGAACAGGCCGACUAGCCCUGUGCCUUCAACCUGUCAAAUUCAUUUUCAUACAAGACAGUUCGGAGUUUAUUGCAUCGAAAUGCACGUGUGAAAUGAAUAAUUCCGAUCCAGCGACUACAGAGGCGUCGAACAGGAUGGGAUUCACAUUCAUUCCCUCGCAGGAGACAUUUGACAAGGGAUUAUAUGGGUACUGCAUUGCUACCACUCAUUUUGCGCUUGGGAGAGACGGAAAGCUGAUGCAACCAACCGGCGAUUGUGUGAGUGACGCGACCACCUUCAAUUGAGCGGGUAAAUUUCUCAAGGCCACGAAGCACAUAGCUUUAUUGUACUUGACAUGUACAUACACUGAACGCAUGUGUUUUGCUUCCGAUGAGCCCACGCUGACCCAGAGCGAAGUCUACUCGACCUAUAUUACAAACACAUGUGGCCCGUCGCCGUCGUCAUCCGAGCAAGAGCCCGUCUCGGCUAGAAUGACAGAGGAGCAAGACAACUCUCAGCUGUCCUGACAGGAGGGCAGGACUGGACUGAUUUCUGCGAGUCGUCAUUGCCCAAGAAACGAGGUGAGAAAAGCAAGUCGACGCGUACAAUACGUUGCCAACGACUGACAAAUAUGAGUGAACUCCAAUGUACAUGAGACCUUCAUAGUAUAGAAAUUCUGCAGGGCUAGACUCCUGCUCAGGGGUUCAGAGUCCCUGGAUUUCACGUGACCCUGGUGUUCUGGAACCUGAACUACAAAAAAGGUGAGGCCCUAAAACCCGGUGGUAACUCGGAGAAGCUUCAAAAAUGGCCGCGCUUGUGCAGCUUUGCUGACAAAAUUACUCCCGGGCCGCACGAGGAGUACUCGGACCGCGGUGGUCUUCAAAAGCACUCGCUCAAAAAUGAAUGAAAGAAUGUAUUAUUGAAGAAUGU